CACUCAGUCAACCACACACUCCCUAACAUUACAUCACUUUACCAUUCGGUAAUCCGAUAUCUCCCUUCACACCAAGAUGUCACCAGACCCCAGGACCACCACUUACAGUGACGGCACAAACAGCGCCUCCUCAGGAGAACGAUACGAUGACCGAGACCUGAGCAGGCCCGCUCCGCUCCGACCAUCACAACUUCCACAUUCCCCACCGUACCAUCCACGCGGCUUCGACCGACGACGAGAACACUCUCCCCAGUCGAUCGACACCGCGGUUCGAUACAUCCCAUCGGAGCCACGCUCGAUCACUACCCGAGCACUCGAAGGGUCAUCUGCUAGGAUCCCUUCCUCAUCAUCUGCCAGGAUCCCUUCCUCAUCAUCUGUCGGGAUCCCUUCCUCAUCAUCUGUCGGGAUCCCUUCCACAUCAUCUGCCCGGAUCCCUUCCACGUCCAACCCGCCAUCUCAGCGCUGGCCAGGGAGCCCACGAGUCGACCCGCCCAUCCGUCGACCAAGCCAUUCCCACCCUCCCAGCGAAGCCGACAAUCCACCUUCAACCAUCCUCGAUCGCGAGGCAGAGCGCCUCCGACUCCUCCUCAACCUCCGCGACCACCAAAUCAACACAAAGGCCGACAACCUCCUCAACGGCAUCACGACCGACAGCAUCCUCAUCGAAGACGUCCGCCCCGCCGGCCAAGCCCUCAUCUCCCGGAUGCCCUGGCUCAAAGAACAAUACAACCGCCAACGCCUCCGCAUCUCGAGCCUGGCACCCGGCGCCCGGCGAGCUUCAAGCGGUCAACUCCUCAGUCCUACUACGCGGUACAUCGUGACGGGUCGAGAAAGCCCAGGCGCACUGCGUCCUUCGACAGCGGCGCGGCAUCCAAUUCGCGCGUACGCUCCUGCUCCUUCUCCCCGUAGCGUGUCGGCGCACACGCUGCGCGACACGACGGCGAACUUCCGCGCUCAGUUCGAGACGAAUGCGCACUUUGCGGCGCUGGAGGCGCUGUUCGUGGGGAGGCCGGAUAUCGUGGAGGAGCUGCAGGAUCUGAGGGAGAGGUGUGGGGUGGCGUUGGAGGGAGGGGACAGGACGCCUGUUGCGGGUGUGCGGUCGGUGAGCAUCAACAGUCGGGAUGUUGUUGAGAGUGUUGAGAGUGAUGCCGCGUGUGGUCAGUGUCGGUGGGAGUGAGGCUGACCCUUGAUCUGGUGGAGUGGAGUGGCCUGUUGCAAUGACGGAGAGUUGAGUUGGGCGUGGGGAGAGAGCAGAGGGAUGGUGAGAUGGGUUGAGGAGUUGAUAGGUGGUCAUAUACGGGAGCGUUCAUUCUUGUAUCUAGUGCAACUUGAUCAAUGACCAUCAUCAGUUUUCUCGAAAGAUUGUUCAAAAGGUACUUCCAUGCGUGAGUGAGUCAACAUUGCGAGUGUCCGUGGCUCGCCCCGUCAAAGUCACGACUUCAAAGUCACGGAGAACUAACCGGCAUCUGACAUCGAAAAUGACAGUAAAAUGAG